ACUUCGCUUUUAAUGAGUUGAACCUAAAAGGCGCAUGUUAGCCUCAUUCGCUUUUAUAAAGUAAUUAAUUCAAAAGUCGUCUCUUUAAUACUAUCUUAAAUCAUUUUCCUUUCCCUCUCUCUCUCUCGUGAUGACCAGCUCCACAAGCAGUUCGAGAAGCCGGAACCCUAGUUCCGGCAUAAGGUCAACACCGGACCGAUCCGCUUACUCUCCUAGCUUUUCUUCCUACACUGCAUCAACUGUCUCUCGUUCAGGGCGGAAUCCAGUAAAGGUUGCUGCCCGGUCCAUCGCUGGAGCUUUUGUCGCGUGUUUUACACCUCCCGAGACAGACGACAGCAAUAAUUUAAAAGUGUCCAAUGAGUUUGGAGCUCCUUCUGCUGCGUCGGAAACGUCAAGAAUGAGGGGUCAGAAUCGAGGGAUUUAUUCCAAUUCAACGAAGGAGAGAGCGCCUGGGAGCAUGAAAUUCACGAUUGAGGAAAUUUUUAAGGCCACAAGGAACUUCUCACCUGCUUUCAAGAUCGGACAGGGUGGAUUCGGAACAGUUUAUAAGGGAAAACUUGAUGAUGGAACUUUGGUCGCUAUCAAACGAGCUAAAAAGAGUGUAUAUGAUAAGCAUUUGGGUGUGGAAUUCCAAAGUGAAGUAACAACACUGGCACAAGUGGAACAUUUGAAUUUGGUUAGGUUUUAUGGGUACUUAGAGCAUGGAGAUGAAAGAGUUGUGGUUGUCGAGUAUGUCCCCAAUGGAACUCUAAGGGAACACUUGGAUGGUGUUAAUGGAAAAGAACUUGACUUUGCUUCGAGGCUUGAUAUAGCCAUUGAUGUGGCCCAUGCAAUCACCUAUCUUCAUAUGUAUACAGAUCACCCAAUUAUUCACAGAGAUAUAAAGUCUUCCAACAUUCUCCUUACCGAAAAGCUCCGAGCCAAGGUCACCGACUUUGGCUUCGCCAGGCUGGCCGCAGAUACGGACUCUGGUGCAACCCAUGUGUCAACCCAGGUAAAAGGCACUGCUGGCUACCUGGACCCAGAAUACCUAAGAACCUAUCAACUUACAGAAAAGAGUGAUGUUUAUUCAUUUGGAGUAUUAUUAGUUGAACUAGUCACUGGCAGGCGCCCCAUUGAACCAAAACGGGAAAUCAAGGAGCGGAUAACACCAAAAUGGGCAAUGAAAAAGUUUACAGACGGUGAUGCCAUAUCAACUUUGGACCCUAGGCUAGAACUGACUGCUGGGAUUAACUUAGCCCUCGAAAAGAUUCUUGAACUAGCCUUGCAAUGCCUGGCUCCCCGUAGGCAGAGUCGGCCUAGUAUGAGGAGGUGUGGGGAGGUCUUAUGGAGCAUCCGUAAGGAUUUUAGAGAACAAUCAGCUUUAGACUUUCGCUCUCUUUCAUCAAACUCUCAAAGGAGUGCUUCAGUUAAAGAGCAAUAAACAAAAGUUGCAAGAUAGAGAAACCUGCAUCUAUUGCUCACACUUUGCUUUCCCCAAAGGCUAAAAGAUUUUGGGUCACAUUGCUAAGCUGCUUCAGUUCUUUACCCGACCUAUUGGUGUAUACAUUAUAUACACAGGAGAAGAUAAUCCUGGAAAAAGGUGGUAAAUAGGCCAAUUUACCAAAAAAAGGGAAAGAUAUUGAAGAGGUCGAAUAUUAUUUUGGGUCUACAAAUUACUAUAUUGCCAGAUGAAACUUUUUUCCUGCAUGUUUUGAUGGUAACUUGUUUCCUUAUGUGAAGUUCAAUUCUCUGAAAAAUCUUCCUUCUUCCUAUGCACCUUGAGAGAGAGAAUCCUGCUGAGUCAACUGAUAGUUUGCGUCGGUGGGUGUUCUGUUCCCACUAUUUAUGGUUAUUACUUUUGAACAGAGGAAGAAGAAAGAAGAUGAAUAUAUGGCAACAUGCCAAACACUGCAUGUAAACAGUCAAACAUGGGAGAGAGUGAGAGAGAUCUAAGCAAUUUUAUAUACCGAAAAGAAGGGAGACAACUAACCUGUGCCAAAUCCAGUAACUUUGACUGCUUUCAAGAUUCCAGCUUAUCGCUGCCAUGGCUAGUGCAAUAAAACCAGCAAGCACAAAUCCCCAUCUAAAUCGUUUCAUUACAGUGUUUACAAGAUUCUGCAGCCAUUCUCUGCUCGGCCAUCUACAGUUUAACAAUUCAUCUUGUAAAUGCAAUGCAUUAUAUUCGGGUUUUGUUAGUCCACAUGGUCUAUCUACCAAGUAGUGCUUCUAUAAUGUUAAUACAGCUAUAGGAUCAUGUUUCUCUAAUGACAAAGCAUGGCUUCCUGUGUAUUUAAGAAUACUAUCCUGAACUUAGAUGCUAAAUCACAAUAAUGGUAAUGGAGUCCCUUGACCAA